AUGAAUUCAAUGAACCAGGAUGAAGUAAUUAAUGACGGAGAAGUUCCUGUGAAUGGAAAACAAAGUCGAGGUGAGCCUGUGAUUAAAAGUGGAAGGAAUAUUAAAAAUCAAAAAGGGAAAUAUGGAAAAUAUCAUGAUUCUCAUCAUGAAAUGCACAUAUGGAACGAAAGAGAAAGGAGAAAUGAAAUGAGGAACAUGUUUGCUAGCCUUCAUUCUUUGCUUCCACACCUGCCUUCUAAGGUUCAUAAGUCAACUAUUGUGGAUGCAGCAGUGACGGAAAUAAAAAAUUUACAACAAAUUCUUGAAAAUUUAGAAAAGAAGAAGCAAGAAAAGCUUAAAUCUAUGUUCCCAUUUGUGAGUGAUUCAUCAUCUGUGACGAACUCACCAUUGAAUUCAUAUGAAUCAAGGAAAUAUAUCAUAGUUGAUCAAGGACCCUCUAAUAAUAAUAAUAAUAAUAAAUUUCCUAUUAGUGCAAUUGAAACUUCAAAUGCAUUAUCGCUAUAUGCACCUCCACCGCAACAAGUAGCUUUUCAAACAUGGUCUUCUAAAAAUGUUAUGUUGAACAUUUGUGGGGGCGAAGCACAAUUUUGCAUAUGUUCAAGUAAGAAGUCAGGUCUCUUGACAAUAAUUUCUUUUGUGUUGGAAAAACAUAUGAUUGAUGUUGUAUCUAUCAACAUUACGCGCAACGGAAAUAUGUACAUGAUUCUAGUUCAUGGAAGCCAUGGUUCAUAUAACAAAAUUUCAAUGGAGGAAACUUACAAGCAAGCGGCUGGAGAAAUUUCGAUGUGGAUAUCUUAA